GGGCCCGGGGUCAGUAGGGGGCCCGUGAGAUGCCCCUGGUACCUUUUUCAUAGGCUGUUUUGCGUUUGGGCAAGGACACAGGGGCCCCAUGAUCCCCUAUUGCCCAGGGGCCCCAUGAGUUGUCAGUCCGCCCCUGAACACCACUAUCCAAUCCUAAAUCCGGGGGCUCAUUGCCAGACUUGUUAGCUCACAGCUGGGAGAGGUGCAGUUAGUAGCUGACAGUGGUACCUUUUUCAUAGGCUUUUUUGAGUUUGGGCAAGGACACAGGGGCCCCAUGAUCCCCUAUUGCCCAGGGGCCCCAU